UUCCGUUGGUUGCAACAAAAAAGGCGAAACUCUCGUCGUUUCCCUGUUAUCACUUUCCACAGAUCUCUCUCUUACUCAUUUUCCUUUCUUCCACUCAAACUCUUAAAACCAUUCUUAAAAAACCCAACACAACACAACCUUAACUCCCACAAACCCACCCAUCUUCCCAAAUCUGCUUCAACUCCUUUCACACUAACCUGGGAUCACAUUAUUACAACAAGAAACAAAAAUGGGUCUCUGCAAUUCAAAGCCUAGAGCAAAUGCAGACCCCAAUACCCACACCCACUUCACAGACACCAAUGACAACGAACAAAACCCCACUCCCACCCCUAAAAAAUCUCCUUUUUUUCCGUUCUACACUCCCAGCCCGGCCCCCCACUAUUUCUCCGGCAAGUCUCCGGCGCCGACGACUCCCCGGCGCUUCUUCAAGCCGCCGUCGCCGGCGAAGCACAUCCGGGCCGUGCUGGCCCGCCGCCACGGGUCCGUUAAGCCCAACGGAGCUACCAUCCCGGAAGACGAGAUGGUUGCUCUGGACAAGAACUUUGGAUUCUCCAAACAGUUUGAGAACAAGUUUGAGGUUGGGGACGAGGUUGGACGGGGACACUUUGGUUACACUUGUGUUGCUAAGUUCCUUAAGGGCAAUCUCAAAGGUCAACGUGUCGCUGUCAAGGUCAUCCCCAAGGCCAAGAUGACCACUGCAAUUGCUAUUGAGGAUGUGAGGAGGGAGGUGAAGAUAUUGAGGGCUUUGACCGGACAUAAGAAUCUGAUUCAGUUCCACGAUGCAUAUGAGGAUAAUGACAAUGUCUAUAUAGUGAUGGAGUUGUGCGAAGGAGGGGAGCUUUUGGACAGAAUAUUGUCGAGAGGUGGGAAAUACACGGAGGAAGAUGCAAAAGCUGUGAUGUUUCAGAUACUGAAUGUUGUUGCAUUUUGCCAUCUACAGGGUGUUGUGCAUCGCGAUCUUAAACCUGAGAAUUUCUUAUUCACAUCAAAAGAUGAGAACUCUGAGCUGAAGGCCAUUGACUUUGGAUUGUCGGAUUUUGUGAAACCAGAUGAAAGGCUCAAUGAUAUUGUUGGUAGUGCAUACUAUGUGGCUCCUGAAGUUCUGCAUAGAGCUUACAGCACAGAGGCUGAUGUGUGGAGUGUUGGUGUUAUUGCAUAUAUUUUACUAUGUGGAAGCCGUCCAUUUUGGGCAAGGACUGAAUCAGGGAUUUUUCGUGCCGUAUUGAAAGCUGUUCCAAGUUUUGAGGAGCCUCCUUGGCCUUCUCUAUCAGAUGAGGCAAAGGAUUUUGUUAAGAGACUUCUAAAUAAAGAUCCAAGGAAAAGAAUGACUGCAGCACAGGCAUUAGGUCAUCCAUGGAUUAAAAAUUAUAAGGAUGUAAAAGUACCCUUGGAUAUUCUAGUGUUCAAGCUCAUGAAGGCAUAUAUGCGCUCCUCCUCUCUACGAAAAGCAGCUUUAAGGGCUCUGUCUAAGACAUUAGGUAUUGAAGAGCUGCAGUAUUUGAAGGAGCAGUUUGCACUUUUAGAGCCAAACAAAACUAACACUAUUAGCUUGGAAAAUAUAAAAGCGGCCUUGAUGAAGAAUGCAACAGACGCUAUGAAGGAAUCACGCAUUCCUGAUUUUCUGGCAUCACUUAAUGCAUUGCAAUAUAGAAGGAUGGCUUUUGAUGAGUUCUGUGCAGCUGCACUUAGUGUUCAUCAACUUGAAGCACUUGACCGGUGGGAGCAACAUGCACGCUGUGCUUAUGAAAUUUUUGAAAAGGAUGGAAAUAGGGCUAUAGUCAUUGAGGAACUAGCUUCGGAGCUUGGGCUUGGUCCAUCUGUCCCUGUUCAUGCUGUUCUACACGACUGGAUUAGGCACACUGAUGGAAAGUUGAGCUUCCUUGGUUUUGUUAAAUUAUUGCAUGGUCCUUCUCGAAGUCUUGCGAAACCUCACUAGGAAUUUGGAAGGUCCAAGCAUUUGCUCAAUUAUACUUAUGAUAAUCUGGCCAAUAAAGUGCUGGACCAAACAGUCCCUUAUCAUGAAGGGAUCUUUGUCACUGUCGGAUUAUACUCAACAUAAAUCACCCCUUUUAUACUUGGAGCAGGAGGAGUCAAAUAGGCAUAUUCAUAUUUUCCACUGUAAAGCUGUAGUGUGUUUAAGUUGCAGGUCAUAAUAUUUUUGUGAUUGUUGUUAGAUGCUGACUCUUAAUAUUCUAACAUGUUCUGGGAUUCUUGUCCAAAU